AUGCCAUCCGCAAUCGCACUCCGCUGCGCCAGAGCGAAACUUUUUCAGCACAAUUGCCGAACUCGUCAAACCCUCCUACGUCUCGAGCCCCAAAACUUCAUUCCAGCAGCAACAAUACCACUCCGUCAAUCGUCCACAUCCUCAUCCUCCGACGAACAGGACAUCUCCAGCCUUCUCGCCACGCCCACCUGGUCCAUCAAGACCCUCCUCCCCGACAUCACAGACCCUUCCACCACCCAGCCAAUAUCCCGCGCCCAACUCCUCCAUCUCCUCCGCCUCUCCGCCCUCCCUCCGCCGUCAUCCGCGCAAGAAGAAUCCUCCAUGCUUAAAACUCUCUCGGCGCAGAUCCAUUUUGUCAAACAGAUUCAACAAGUCGACACCACGGACGUUACGCCGCUUCGCAGUCUUCGUGACGAGACGGACAGGGCGUAUCAAGAGCGGACGAUCAAUAUAUCGACGCUCAAAAGCUCGCUUGAGCGGGAGGAGUUUGUGGGCCGGAAUCGUAGAAUUUUUCGAACUCGGGCGGAGAAGGAAAAGCGUCCGGAUGGAGAGUCGUGGGAGGAAGAUGGUGCGCUAUUAAAAUCUGGGGAGGUGGUGAUGGGGAAAUAUUUUGUAGUUCGGUCAAGUGAAGCCAAUGUAGAUUAA